CAAACGUCACGAGUCACAUGACCAAAUCAAGCGUCGGCACAGUGGCUCGAUACGAUUGCUUCAUGAGCUACCGCGCAUGUGUUGAAGCCUCGGGUAUCAGAGGACCAUCACUAGCUGUCAUCAUAUUUUUAUUAUUUUAAAUCGAAUAUAAUGUUUACGAUAUACUCCAGUCCCCCACGACCCUAAUGAGGAUUAAGCGGUGUAGAUAAUGAAUGGAUAUCAUAUUUCCGAUGGUCCUUAAACUACUCACAGCGCCGUGACGGAAAUGUUUUGUCUCAUCGACGAUGUUUUCCUGCAGCUACAACUCAACAAAUCCCAAUUCUCAGUGAGGUGGUGUCUUCAGAUCAAGAAAAACUACAACUUUCCUCCUGAAAAAAUGAUUUGGAGAAGAAAACUUUUGACACCUGCAACAUUUUUGAUCAUCAUGAUGAAAGUCUUCACUGGUCACACUCUAACAUGUCAUCCAGCAGCAUAUCAGAUAGGGAAUGAAUGCUGUCCAAUGUGUCCUGCAGGAAGUCGAGUUAAAACUGAUUGUACAGAGUUCAGAAUGACAUCAUGUCUGCCCUGCCUCAAAGGAACCUUUGUGGAUAAACCCACUGGGCAGAAGAAGUGUUUUGACUGCACCAACUGUGAUGAAGGUUUGGGUCUGAAGGUAAAGACAUCAUGUACAACAACAUCAAAUACAGUUUGUGAACCACUGGAGGGAUUCUACUGUAUUGAUCCAAGAGGGAACAACUGUGUAGCAGCACAGAAACACACAAUCUGUCAUCCAGGACAAUCCAUCAACCAAACAGGAACAGCCUUCACAGACACUGUGUGCUCUGACUGCAGCAAUGGAACAUUUUCAGAUGGAACAUUUACAUCUUGUCAGUCACAUACUCAAUGUGAAUCCAUAAACCUUAAGCUGAUAAAACCAGGAACUUCUUCUACUGAUGCUAAAUGUGGAGAAAAAAGUUCAAAUGUUGCAGUACCUGUCACCAUCCCCUGUGUUUUACUUUUUUUAUUAAUGUCUGCUGGAUUAGUUUAUUGGUUUUACUUCAGAAAGAAGAAAAUGUCUUUCAGAGAAGCAGAAAAAACACAAGUUCAGCCAUUCUCUGUCAACCUUCGUUAGAAAAUAGAACAGAAUCACCAGAGGCAGUUCCUAUGAGAAUAUCAUCAGACUAAAACCACCUGCAGGACAAUAAGUAGGACUCAGUGUCCUGCAGAGUAAAUGUGCUUCAGAGUCCAGUUUUAAUCCAUCUGGAUGCUGACACAUCAUCUUUGCAGUUUACUGAAGUAAAACAACAGUUUCCUGCUUCCUGCUGGAUCUUUGUCUGACUGUACAGAAAACAAAGUCGCUCCGGAAUGCAACAGAUGGAAAAUAAAUUUAAAGACUCACUGACUCCAUUGAUCUUCUGCUCACAGUUGGAGCAACUUCAGACUGAAACUGGACUUUAAAUGAGGACAAACUGCUGGAACAGAAGAUAAUGGGUCCUUUUCUGAAGCAUGUUGGACUAAUGGCUGCCAUGAGGGGGAAGAUUUUCUAAACCUCUGAUCGUUAUUUUAUAUAAUUAUGUUUUAUAAACUCUUUUCCACUUAUUGGACAUUUUUUCAUCUGAAAGGACAUUGACCAUGUAAAAUCUUUAGUUGUAACUGAGCUCAAAUUGCUUGUUGCUGAUAGUAACAGUGGGUGAAAUGAACACUGACUGUUAAACUUAAUUCCAGUCUUUAAGGCUUCAUGAUAAUGUGUUCCAGUGUUUGUGAAGCUGCACAGGUUGUAAAUCUGAACAGAUGCAGUCCUGAAUUUGACAUUUUUCUGUGGAAAAUUACUAUGAAAUGAAAACUAUAUGCUAUAUUUUUAUAUUUAUUCAUCUGGGACUGCUAACACAAGUGGAAUGGUUUAUUUUUCUAAACACAUUUUUAUGUUUUCAGCCAUGUAGUGAUUUUAUGUUGAGUCUUUAAACUAUUUUAAACAAAACUCACCACCUUUAGAGCAGCACAAGUUAAGGUUUAAAGAGUCGACUGUUUGGUGACGCUGCAGCAGAAAUGCAGCUCUGGAUGGAUGUUUGUAAAGAAGAUCAGUAUAUUAAUGAUGUACUGAGGCUGAAUAUCAGUGGAAAACAGGUGGAUGUGUUCAGACUGUUAGUUUGUGUCUCACCAGGAGAAACCAGUUUGUGGUCAACAGCACACUGCAGUGUUAUUUCAAUGUUUUUUAAUGUUGUGAAGCACUUUGUGGUGCGAUUUCAUCGGAUGAAAAGUGCUAUACAAAUAAAGAUUGAUUGAUUGAUUGCA